AUGGUAAAAAUUGCUACAGAUUUUAUGAAUCGCCAUAAAUGGACUUCCGAAACUUCAUCACCCGAACUAGCUAAAUAUACAGAGGAAAUUAACAAAAGUUUGAAGGAUGAUCGCAAGAUAAGAUUCAAUGCCAAAACACAUUUUCGACAAUUAGGGCUUACUAAAGAACAAGUAGAAGUUCUCAUUCCUAUUCGACCUUCUGGAAAGCAUGAAAAAGGCAGGACUACUUUGGCUUGCAGACAAGUAGUAGGUCAUCAUGAAUCAGUAGAAAGUUAUGGCGUAAUGAAUGACCCACCUUCUCGCAAUUAUUUGAAG